CCGCCGCAGAGCCACCGACGACAUCCGCCAAGCAGACGAUCCCCGGAUUCUACCCCAGUUUUUGGAGGACAUGCAACGGUAGCUUCCUAACGCGGCCUAGAGUUCCAUCGUCGGAUGAUGCUCUCGGGCAAAAUGUGCGACCGUUUAAAGCGACUGGGGUUGCGGCUCCCGUUUGCUGGCUGCUCACCCGAACCCUGAUUUUAACACCUCACCGCUGGCGGGCGGCGAAUACAGGACCUUGAGAGAGAUUGAAGAGCUGGAUUGAACAUGGGCUUCUUCAAGAAACCUACGCUGAAGGUCAGCGAUAAUAAGAGGACACGCGCGGCGGAGCUUACCCUAAGGGAAUCUAUCUAUCCGCUCUGCCUCGUCACCAUCCUUUUCUUCCUUUGGGGCUUCUCCUACGGCCUCCUUGAUACGCUGAACAAGCACUUCCAAGUAACGCUCUCGAUAACGCGCUCGCGCUCCUCCGGCCUCCAAGCCGCCUACUUCGGCGCAUACCCCCUCGCCUCCCUCGGCCACGCAAACUGGAUCCUGCGACACUAUGGAUACAAGCUCGUCUUUAUUUGGGGGCUUGUGCUGUACGGUGUAGGCAGUCUGAUUGCCUGGCCAUGUCUGCUUAACAGGAGCUUUGGCGGGUUUUGCGCGGCCAUUUUUAUCAUCGGGAAUGGGUUGGGCAGUCUGGAGACGGCGGCAAAUCCGUACUUGACCGUCUGUGGGCCGCCGAAGUACAGCGAAAUACGCAUCAACAUCGCGCAGGCGUUCAAUGGCAUUGGAACGGUUGUUGCGCCGGUGCUGGGAAGCUACGUCUUCUUCAAGAACACGGGGGAUGAUAUCAAUUCGCUCAAGACUGUGCAAUGGGUCUACCUCGCCAUUGCCAUCUUCGUCUUCGCCUUGGCCGUGGUCUUCUAUUUCUCGCCGAUCCCCGAGAUCACGGACGCCGACAUGGCCUUCCAAGCCUCCGAGACCCACGCCGGCACCGACGUCAAGCCCUUCCGCAGCCAAUACCGUCUCUUCCAUGCCGCCUUUGCGCAGUUCUGCUACACGGGCGCCCAAGUCGCUAUCGCCGGCGCCUUCAUCAACUAUGUAGCGGAUACGCGCCCCAACACCUCCGACUCAACCGGUGCCCGGCUCCUCGCUGGUGCCCAAGGCGCCUUCGCGCUCGGUCGCUUCGCGGGCUCCGGCAUCAUGAAGUUCGCACGCCCGCGAUGGGUGUUCUUGGUGUUCAUGACCAUGUGCAUUAUCUUCAUCGCGCCGAGUAUCACGCAGCGCGGGAACACGGGCGUCAGCAUGCUCUACGUGACGCUGUUCUUCGAAUCCAUCAUCUUCCCGACCAUUGUCGCGCUCGGCAUGCGCGGCCUAGGCAAGUACUCGAAGCGCGGGUCGGGCUUUAUCGUGGGCGGCGUGAGCGGCGGCGCGGUCGUGCCGCCUAUCUUGUUCGCGGCGGCAGAUUCGCAGGGGAAGGCCAAUUUCGAGACGGGACAUGCGCCAACGGCGCUGGCGAUGACGGUGCCGCUGGCGUUCUUUGUGGCGGCUUGGAGUUAUAGUCUUGCGGUGAACUUUGUCCCUGCGUAUAGGGACGUGGCGGAUAAGUUUACUACGACUGAAAUAGGGCUCACUGGUGCGCAUGCGCAUGAUGAGGAGAAUGGGAUGUCGGGAGGUGCGUCGGGCGAGGCGGAGAAGUAUGCUGAACCGAUGGAGACGGAGAGGCUGAAUGGCGAGUCGAAGAUCUAAGUUCUGAGACGGAGCCACUUUAUCGGCGGAUGCUGGAGCAUCCGGGCGAUUUUCGUGGUGAGAUAUCUGGAUGAGAAGCUGCGUCUAAAUCGGAACUCAGCUAGAUAGGUGAGACAGAAUGG